ACUGGACGUACAGUAAGCUGGACGGGAUCAAGUUCAACGCUUUUCUAAAGAACUCCUCGUUUUUUAAACUCGUAUUUGUAGUCUAAAACCCAUUAAACCAGUUGUUAAACUUAGACUCGAGCUUACCAGACACAAUUUCAUAACGUAAAAUUAAAAUAAAAUAAAUAAUAAUAAUAACAAUGGUAAAAAUUCACCCAGGCAUCUUUUAAGGCACCUAUAACGACAGGGGUCUUGCCUGCUGACAGUAUGGCUGCCUUCAGCAGGGGAAGGCAGGGGAUAAAAUCUCUCUGCUGGUUUAGGACUUUAAUAUCUACAAGAAACUUUUCAGCAGGUAAAUUUGAUUAUGACCUCGUGGUCAUUGGUGGAGGCUCUGGAGGGUUGGCAUGUUCAAAAGAAGCUGCCCAAUUAGGGCAGAGAGUUGCUGUCUUGGACUAUGUCGAACCUUCACUAAAAGGCACGAAGUGGGGUCUUGGUGGCACGUGUGUGAAUGUCGGCUGUAUUCCAAAGAAGCUUAUGCAUCAGGCGGCACUGCUUGGCACUGCUGUCAAAGAUGCUAGGAAGUAUGGCUGGCAAAUCCCAGAAUCCCUGUCACAUGACUGGUCAACAAUGGCUGAGGCUGUCCAGAACCAUGUGAAGUCUCUAAACUGGGGUCACAGAGUUCAACUACAAGACAAGAAGGUGAAAUAUUUGAAUAUGAAGGGCAAUCUGGUGGAUAAACACACUAUCAGAGCUGUAAAUGCCAAAGGGAAAGAGAUGACAGUGACCGCCAAAAACAUUGUGUUAGCUACUGGUGGACGGCCGAAGUACCCUACACAUGUCCCAGGAGCCAUGGAGUUCGGGAUCACAAGUGAUGAUGUCUUCUGGCUCAAAGAGUCUCCCAAAAAAACGUUGGUUGUUGGUGCCAGUUAUGUAGCGUUGGAAUGUGCCGGCUUCCUUACAGGCAUUGGACUGGACACCACUGUGAUGGUGCGCAGUAUCGCCCUCCGGGGGUUUGAUCAGCAAAUGUCUGGUUUAGUCACAGACUACAUGGAGGCCUAUGGCACCAAGUUCUCCUGGAAGUGUACACCAAAAAGCAUAGAAAAGCUCCCAUCUGGGAUUCUUCGCGUCACAUGGAUGAAUCUAAACACUAAAGAGGAACAUCAAGACACCUUCAACUCAGUACUUUGGGCUGUAGGCAGAGCAUCUGAAACCAAGACCCUCAAUUUGGACAAGGUUGGUGUGGAGAUCAACAUAGAAACAGGGAAGAUAAUCGUAGCUGCUGACGAAGCCACAUCCGUGCCGAACAUUUUUGCUAUCGGAGACAUCGCUGAGGGUCGUCCUGAGUUGACCCCGACAGCCAUUAAGGCUGGAAAGCUCCUGGCCCGCAGACUUGUGGGCCAUUCCACUGAGCUCAUGAAUUAUGACAACGUGGCCACUACAGUGUUCACUCCACUAGAGUAUGGCUGUGUAGGUCUGUCUGAAGAAGAGGCUGAAAGGAGACAUGGAAAAGACCAGAUUGAGGUAAAAUACAGCAUUUUUGCCAUGGUCCAGUUCACUGUAGCAUGGAAAAGAGCAACCAGAAUAAUUGUGGUUUGUCUACGGGAGGGUGAUCAGCGUGUGCUGGGUAUGCAUUUUACCGGACCGAGCGCUGGUGAGGUCACACAGGGCUUUUCUCUGGGCUUCCAGUGUGGGCUUACCUACGAACACCUCAGGAAUACGGUCGGAAUACACCCCACCUGCGCCGAGGAGCUCAUCAAGCUCAACAUCACUAAACGCUCCGGUCUUGACGCCACAGUAACAGGCUGCUGAGGUUAAGCAUCCCCUCCCUGAUCGCUCGAGCACACGGGAACCCAUAAAAAGGUUGUGAUAAUGUGAGUUAGCAGUUGCAGGAAGCAUCUCAUGAAAUCUGUCUCUCAGUUUUUACUUUAAAAGCUCUUCUGAAACCGAGACUUUUAAACCACAGAACCAGAUCUAUUUCGUUUAAUAUAUGAUAUUUAAAAUAAUAAUUCUGGAGGUCAGUACUAACAAGUAUGUCCUUCUUUGCCACUGUGAUGUAUUGUUUUUAAACCAAGUCCAGGAGAGUUCGGCCAGCUUUUUACCACAGGUCAAGAUAAUCCAAUAAAGUCCUCGUGUUUGCUCUCCAGAAUAAGAACGCAGAUCCAGGUUAGAGCAACACAAACCGCAAGCGCCUCUGCGAACAGAUAAACACGACCAUAAAUCAGAAUUAAGGCCCCAUUACAGUUUGCUGAAAUGAGAAACGUUGGAGAAAGUGGCCUAAUGUUUCUGAAAUAUAUUCUGCAAAUAUUGUUGUUUCUCUGGCUGUACUUCCUGUCCAUUAGUCAUGCGCCGCUCCUGACACUGAUGGAUGGGAUAGGCCCGUCGCUGCGCUGACACCACCCCAUUUCCCAGGGACGUAGACAAACACUCGGUGAGCGGCGUGUCACUCAAACGCAGAACCCGGUCGUGGACAGAGUGAGCGCUUGUUUAGUCCUGGACUUCAGGAGGUUCCCCAGUGCACAGGGGGAGCAGAGAGUACACAGUACAAUAACAUACUCUCCUGCCCUUGAUCUCUCUGGGUAAAAACCUGAAAGUCCAAAGGAGGCAUCAGUACCGCUGGCUACCUAAAGGUGGCAGUGUUAGCUUCCUUUUCCUCCUGUUCUUCACUCGCACAUGUGAGGAUAAAAAUCUCUGAGCUGUGUAGUCAUUAUGAAUUCGAGCCACAGUUAAUCACUGGCAGAAUGUUAAGAUUAAUCGAACACUUACUGGGCAUUUAUCGCUCCAUAGGUUUAGCUUAUCUGUUGUUUGUGUACUUGGCUAAUAGCUUUGGCCCACGGUGCUGGCGCCCGCUUUGAGGGAAGGUAAACUGCAACUAUUCCCAAAAGUUCAAUUCAUUUUGUGACAGGAAAUCUGUGACAUCUGUGUACUUUCAAACCAGAUAACGUAUGAAAAGCAUAUGUGAAUUUUGAAAUACAUUGAUAUGUAAAGUCAGUAGAUGCAAGUGCAAUUAUAAUGAAACAUUUUUCAGAGCUCUCAAAGGGGUAGUUCAACCAAUAAUGAAGAUUAUUUUAUUUACUCAUUCUUAUGUCAGUCCAAUCCUGUAUAUCUUUGUUUAUUCAUCAGAAAACUGAUGAAGGCAUUUUGAAUUGUAAUGGUUGCUCUUUUGUCCAUUUAAUUAGAAUAGAGACUGCUUAAAAAGCAUGCCGAAGCAUCAUACAAUUGAAUGAAAUUUGCAAUGAAAUUUAGUUGUUUUUGACUGCAAAUAUUCCAUCUUAGCUCUCUUUGCUGCGUUCAUGAGAAGAGAAAAGUUGCGGUGCCCAGUUCUUAAACGAAUCAUUGAGUCUUAUUGAGUCAAUAAUUCAGUUAAUCCGCAAAACAAGUCCGCAUGUUUCUUUCACAAAUUGGACUGAUCUGUUUUUUUUUUUUUAAUUCAAAAUCAAUAACCAAUAAGUGAAUAACAGCUUAAAGUUCUCUGUCCCUCACACAAAGCAAUCAUAUGACUUCAAAAGACUUGGAAUACAGCGCAUGAGUCGUAUGAGCUACAUUUAUGAUUCUGUAAUGAUUAUUUUAUGUCCUAUUUUUACAGCUUGAAUGUUUCAGUCCAGUUCACUGUAGCAUGGAAAAGAGCAACCAGAAUAAUUGUUUCAUGCAAGCCUUUACACAGAAGAAAUACAGGUUUAGAAGAACAUGAGGGUGAGUAAAUAAUGGCAGAAUUUUCAUUUUUGGACAAAAUAUGGGUUUAAUAAUA